AUGGAAAUUGAAGCAAGUAGUUUAAUGAGAGUUGUGGUGUUGAUGAUGGUUGGGGUUGUCAUGGGUCGAUAUUUAGAUCCUACCCCAGAAAACUCACCCCCUCCACCUCCCUUUGACCUUACCCUAGAAAACUCUCCCCCUCCACCUUCCUUUGAGCCUACCCUAGAAAGCUCUCCCCCUCCAUCUCCCUUUGGCCCUACCCUUCAAAACUCACCCCCUCCACCUCCCUAUGCUCUUGGCCUUGAAAACUCACCCCCUCCACCUCCCUAUGCCCUUGGCCCUGAAAACUCACCUCCUCCACCUCCCUAUGACCUUCGCCUUGAAAACUCACCCCCUCCACCUCCCUAUGAUCUUGGCCUUCAAAACUCACCCCCUCCACCACCUCCCUUUGGCCUUACCCUUCAAAACUCACCCCCUCCACCUCCCUAUGACCUUGGCCUUCAAAACUCACCCCCUCCACCACCUCCCUUUGGCCCUACCCUUCAAAACUCACCCCCACCACCUUCCUAUGACCCUGGCCUUCAAAACUCACCCCCUCCACCACCUUCCUAUGACUCUGGCCUUCAAAACUCACCCCCUCCACCACCUUCCUAUGACUCUGGCCUUCAAAACUCACCCCCUCCACCACCGUCUUAUGACCCUGGCCUUCAAACCUCACCCCCUCCACCGCCGUCCUAUGACUCUGGCCUUCAAAACUCACCCCCUCCGCCACCGUUCUAUGUCCCUAAAAAUGGACGCGCGAUAGACUUCACGAUCUGCCGUAAACAAUGCCUCAAGAAGGUUGCUCUCCCUACUAACUGA